CACUCACUGUGUCUGCUAACCUCACUCACCUUUGCAUUCCCGAUUCACUCGCUUCGGGGACUCUACAGGGCUAAGACUUAUUCUGUCGUCUGCAUCAGCCUUCUAAUCUCCGUUCCAUCCGACCUACUCCAAUUCCUCGUCAGAGCUGACUCCCGAAAAACCCCUCCCUCCCUUCCAACCUGCCCCGCUCCGUCAACAACACAAGCCACCAUGUCGCGCCAUCGCGUUAAAGCUGUGAGCUACGACGAAGACGACUUCGAUGACGGUUACGAUUCCCCUGAUCCUGAGGAGCAGGAGUUCCUUCAACAGUGUACCACGGAGGUGCUCAACCAGCUGCGCGCGGGGGAGCCUUCCGUUACUGCGACUCGCGAUGAGGUUCAAGAAGCAUUAUGGCACUAUUAUAAUGAUGUGGAGAAGUCGGUGAAUUACUUGAGGAACAAGAAGACGAAGGAAACCAAGAAGAAGCAGCCGGUUCCGGCUCCGGCUCCGGCUGCAAAGGCGAAAGCAAGCACAGGCCCAAGCCCCGACGAUGUUGUCUUGAAUGCUCAGAGCUCUGCAAAAGGCUUCAAAUCGAAACAAUCUGCUUCCAAGUCAGGUGACAAGAAAUCCCAGGCUGGUUUGACUGAAGGCCUGAACAACCUGAGUGUGGAGGAGAAGGUGAAUGUCAAGAGCAAGAACCUUGAUGUGCUGUCUGAGUACCAGAAAUCGCAACGGAAGAAGGCCAUGAACUUUGCCGUUAUCGGCCACGUUGAUGCAGGGAAAAGCACGUUGAUGGGACGCCUGUUGGCUGACCUUAAAGCUAUCGACCAGCGUACCCUGGACAAGUAUCGCACAGAAGCAGAAAAAAUCGGGAAAGGAUCAUUUGCCCUCGCGUGGGUAUUGGACCAAGGCUCCGAAGAGAGAGCGCGAGGUGUUACUAUUGACAUUGCAACGAACAAGUUCGAGACGGAAAAUACGGUGUUUACGAUCGUGGAUGCUCCAGGCCAUCGGGACUUUGUGCCCAACAUGAUUGCCGGCGCCAGCCAGGCCGAUUUCGCCGUCCUCGUCAUUGAUUCCGGCACCGGCAAUUUCGAGUCGGGCCUCAAAGGUCAAACAAAGGAGCAUGCUCUGCUGGUGCGGAGUAUGGGUGUUCAGAGGAUCAUCAUUGCUGUGAACAAGAUGGACUCGGUCCAAUGGGCCCAAGAUCGCUUUGAUGAGAUCGAACAACAGGUGUCCUCUUUCCUGACGACUGCUGGGUUCCAAGCCAAGAACAUCGCCUUUGUGCCGUGCUCGGGAAUUAGCGGCGAUAAUGUCACCAGACGGAGCGAAGACCCGAAUGUCUCAUGGUACAAGGGUCGUACGUUGAUCGAGGAGCUUGAGGCCACCGAGCCGUACUCGCACGCCGUGGACAAGCCACUUCGGAUGACCAUCGGAGAUGUCUUCCGGGGAAGCGUCCAGAAUCCUCUGUCGAUUUCCGGCCGCAUGGAUGCCGGCAGUCUACAGGUCGGCGAUCAGAUACUCACCAUGCCCAGUGGCGAAAAGGCCACGAUACGCAGCUUGGAAGUGGACGGGGAGCCUAGCGACUGGGCCGUGGCGGGUCAGAACGUGACGCUGAACUUGGUGAAUAUUGACCCGAUCCACCUCCGGUCUGGCGAUGUCAUCUGCCGCGCCUCGGCGCCCAUUGCCAACGUUACGUCGUUUACGUGCAAAGUGCUGGCCUUUGACCAUCUGCUGCCUAGCAUGGUGGAUAUUCACCGUGGACGCCUGCAUGUACCCGGCCGGAUCAGUCAGCUGGUUGCCACCUUGGACAAAGUGACUGGGGCGAGCAUCAAGAAGAAGCCCAAGAUUGUUGCACCCGGCACGGUGGCACGGAUAGUAGUGGAGAUGGACCAGGCUGUGCCCCUGGAAGCGCCUACACGCAUUGUACUACGGGCUGGAGGUGAAACUGUUGCCGCUGGGUUGCUAGAGUAGAUGGCCAGACAUUGAUGCUGACAGGCUGUUGUGCAUAUAUAUAUCCCUUUCAUGCCAGUCUAGAUGUUAACGAAACUGUGUCUUGC